CUUCUCUUAUCGAACGAGCCCGUUUUCAUUUCCCUAGAGAAAAAAAAUAUCACUCUCUCUCUCUAUCUUUGUACCUACCUUGCUUGGCCUUUCCAUCUUUCGAUUAACCGAAACCCUAGCUUGAUCCGCCGGAGAAUUAAAGAUUCCGUUGAGUAUACAGUCUUUAGUGAGCAGAAAUUGUUUGUGUUUGGUUGUUUUGUGUUACUUGAUUAGGUUUUUCCUUUAGCUGAAAGUGAGCAAAUUUAGGAGUUAGGAGGGCUAAUAUCAGCUUUUUCAUCGUGAUUUUUGUGGAACAGUAGAUGAGCUUACGAUUGGGGAACAGUUGAGGAUCAACCGGCCUGGAUUUCGUCACCGGAUGGAGGGAGGUAGCGUCUCUAGACUUAAUUGUUCUGGCAUACACCCAUGGAUUAUGAUGACAAUGAUUUUCACAGCCAGAAUCUUCAUUUAGCUGGUGAAGGGAGCAAUAAAUUUCCUCCUGUUCUACGGCCAUAUGCUCUUCCAAAGUUUGAUUUUGAUGACAGUCUUCACGGAAAUUUGAGGUUUGACAGUUUGGUUGAAACUGAGGUUUUUCUGGGCAUUGAAAGUAACGAAGAUAGCCAGUGGAUUGAAGAUUUCUCCCGCGGUAGCAGUGGGAUACAGUUCAAUUCAGGUGGUGCAGAGUCUUGCUCAAUUUCUAGGUGCAACAAUGUCUGGUCUGAGGCAACUUCCUCAGAAUCUGUUGAAAUGUUAUUAAAAUCUGUUGGCCAGGAAGAACAUAUUCCUGCACAAAUUAGUUCAAAGGAGUCGGAUGCCUGUGAUGAACUGGGUUGCAUAAUAAAGCAAAUGGAGCCCAGCUCAAAACAGGAUACUAAUAUACCAGCUAGAGUGGUAGGUGUUACUAAUUUGCAGCCCACAUUACAGCCAGGUGAAUUUCCUGAAAAUUUUUCUGUGUUAAAUGAUGAUGGUGGUGGGCAGCAGCCUCAAGUUAGGGAUAGUUCACAGGCUCAUCAAGCCAUUGCAUCUGUUGAUCCAGGUUUAGGUGACCUAACUGCUAUUAGUGUAGACGUCAGGUUACCCAUUGCUGAGGGGAGUCAGUUCAUUGAUGAUAAAUGUAAUGAAAUUAAUCAAAGGGAAGGCGAUACUGUUAUUAAUGAAUCUUUAGAUAACAGGACACAAGAAGGUUCUGCUUCAGCGACACAAAUUAAUAAUGCAUUUGCUACUGUCAAAAACAUCAUUACGAGCAAUGAUGAAUUGAUUAAUGAAGGUUCACCAAAUCAUGUAAAUGAGACUGCUGAUGAAAAUGUUGAUGUUUCAGGAACAGAUAAAGGUGAGCACCAGGAGAAAGGGGUUGUGUUAAGCCGGGUUUUGAAUGCAGAAAUGGAUGAAAGGGACACUCCUCAUUUGAACAAUCCUCUUUGUAUGGCCUCAGUGGAAUCUAUGGAAGAAGCAAGUGCAAUUGAAAAUAACAUGGACAGUGUAGAAGAACCUAAUAUAAUACCCAAGGGGGAUUCUGGCUUAGAUACACAUGUUCAUUCUGCAGUACAUGCACGUGAAGUACCACCGGUGGUGAUUGAAGGAAAUACUGCAGUUGAAAGUCAUGAAGUUGAGAAGUCUGGGGCAUGUCUGUUACCUACAGAAGAGAAUAAAUGUGCUGAAGAUAAAUUGGAUGAAAGUUCUUGUUUGCCCGAGGUCCAUUCUUCAGCUGAGUUUGUCAAUGAGACACAUGCUGAGGGCCAUGUUUCAUCCUCCACAAUUGUUGAAUCCAAGCAAAUGUGUAAAAAAAAUGAAGUCCCCAGACAAUGUGAUGUUGACAAAUGUGAUAAAGAUAUUCAUGUUAUUGAACAAAAAGAGAACAUUGUUUUGCCUGCUGAUGAUAGUAAUAGAGAUACGAUAAUUGAUAAAGGGGUUGGUACCUCUUCUUUUGUUGAAGGUAGCGCAGGAAAUGAGUUGAUAGUUUCCGAACCUCAAUCAGAUUCUACUGCUGGAAGAGAAUCAGCAGCAGAUUUCACCUUUGAAAGUGCUAACUUGUCCUGUAAUGCAGUGGAUGAGGUUCCUGUGACCUCUGGGAAUGGCACUAGUACAGAUGCAGUAAUUGAUCACAAGGAUGUUGAAGUGUCUGGUUUACCUGUAGUGUUUACUUGCUCAGAUAGAGAGGAAGAAAUUGUUGCCAAGAUUUCCACGGAAACAAGUUUAUGUGAUCACAAGGCAUCUUGUCAAGUGACGACUAGAGUAGAUCCUGUUUCUGAAUCUGAAAAAGAAUCUUUUGCUGCUGCUGAGCAGAUGAUGUGUGAGCCAGUUGAUCAUUCUGUGUCAGCAGUGGAUGCUUGUAAUACAGAAGGCGGACUUGAACCUCUUGAAGUAGUAACAAAAAAAAUGGGUCAGGACUGCACAAAGGAUAAAGAAGUGUGUCAAGCUCCUUGUGAUUCAUCUGCAAACAAGGGAGACAGCAUUGUAGCACUUGUAAAAGAAAAUGAUGACAAGAAAAUUAAAAAUAUUUCAGAACCAACUGUAAACAAUGAGAUACUUGUGCCUGUGCCCUCGGCCAUAAAAGAGUCUUUCCAGGAUACUAAUCAUAAAGGUCAGGAGGAACACAGUGUUAUGGUAUCUGGAGAAGAACACGAAAGUAGUGAUAACCUUGACAAGCGAGCUGGUGGUUCCCCUACUGUCAUUAGAACUACUGAACUUUCUCGUGGUGAAAGUAACAAGGAGGAACUCAGAAGAUUGUCAGAUCAGAGUGUUUCAGUUUCUGAGGUAACUGAUGGUGACACCAUCAAAAUAAAGUCUGCUUCUAAGGAUCCAAAUCAAAAUGAUGCCUCUAAAGAUGAGAGUAGUUUCACGUUUGAGGUCAGUCCAAUGGCAGAUUUGCCUCAAAAAGAUGCCAAGAACUGGCAGCCCUUUUCAAAUAUAGAAGCUGGCAAAGCAUCCCCGAUUGUGGAUGGAUCUACUUCAACAUCUGGCUUAGGCCAAUUGGAUCCCAAGAUUGCUCAAGAUCUUUCUCGGGGAAGUUCAAAGGUUUCUGAUGUAGCUAUUGCACGUGGUGCUUCAAAAGGUAGUUCUGAGCGUAAAACUAGACGAGCUUCAGGUAAGUCGACAGCAAAAGAAACUGCUAAGAAGGGAAAUCCUGUUAAAGUAGCUUCAUCUAUGAGAUCAGAUAGAGGAGACAAAAUAACCAAUGUUUCCCUGAGCACAUCUGGUGUUUCUCAACUUGUGCAAUCCAAUGAGAUGCAACGCUAUGGACAUUUGGACUCCUGUAAUGUAAAACCAUUUGUUCUUGCACCAUCGACUUCUGGUCUGCCAGAUUUGAAUUCUUCAGUUUCUCUAGCUGCAGUGUUUCAGCAACCUUUCACAGAUUUACAGCAAGUGCAAUUGCGGGCUCAGAUAUUUGUUUAUGGAGCUUUGAUUCAAGGAACGCCACCUGAUGAAGCAUAUAUGAUAUCUGCAUUUGGAGGACCCGAUGGUGGUAGGAGCAUUUGGGAGAAUACCUGGCGCUUGUGUAUAGAAAGGCUUCACGGUCAAAAGUCGCCUCUCAUUACCCCUGAGACACCUUUGCAAUCCCGUUCAGGUGCUAGUGCUCCCGAGCAAUCAAUUAAACAAAAUGCACUUCAAAGUAAAGCAGUCUCUCCACCUGUUGUUCGUGGCAGCAGCAAGGGUACUCCUACAAUCGUGAAUCCAAUUGUACCCCUCUCUUCACCACUUUGGAGCAUGCCUACUCCUAGUGACACCAUGCAAACAAGUGGCAUGACAAGGAGUCCAGUUAUGGAUUAUCAACGAGCACUUUCUCCUUUGCAUCCUCAUCAAGCUCCGGUUAUCAGGAAUUUUGUUGGACAUAGCCCUUCUUGGCUAUCUCAGGCUCCCUUUGGUGGCCCUUGGGUUGCAUCUCCACAGACUUCUACUCUUGACGUAAGUGGUCGUUUUUCUGUGCAAUCGCCUAUCACUGAAACUGUUCAAUUGACACCUGUAAAAGAAUCAUCUGUGCCCCAUUUAUCUGGUGCAAAGCUGACAAGUCCCAUGGUUCAGAGUGGAGCCUCUGCUUGUGUUUUUACUGGGACAACUUCUGUGCUUGAUACGAAAAUGGUAACAUCAUCGGGCAAUCUAACUUCUGCUGAUCCAAAACCUAGAAAAAGAAAAAAGACUUCAGCUUCUGAGAAUCCUGGGAUGAAUAUUUUGCCACCUCCACCUCAUGUGGAACCAAUUAUUACUUCUGUUGUUGCUAAUCCUUUGUCUACUUCCAUUGCCAUCACAACUCCUGUUGGCUUUAUUUCUAAAGCCCCCACAGAGAAAUUCAUUAAAUCUGCAACUCCUACUUCUUCGGAUCUUACAAAAGGGAGCCAGAAUAUGGAACCAAGGUCAAUUUUAUCAGAGGAUACCCUUGGUAAGAUAAAGGAGGCUAGGCUGCAGGCAGAGGAUGCUGCUGCUCUUGCUGCUUCUGCUGCUAGUCAGAGCGAGGAAAUAUGGGACCAGUUAGCUAAGCAGAGAAAUUCUGGGUUGUUACCAGAUGAUGAAACCAAGCUAGCUUCUGCAGCCGUUGCAAUAGCAGCUGCCGCUGCUGUUGCAAAGGCGGCAGCUGCAGCUGCCAAGGUUGCAUCGAAUGCUGCAUUGCAAGCUAAACUAAUGGCUGAAGAAGCAGUGGUUUGUGGUGGUCACCAGAACCCUAGUCAAAUGAAUGUUCUCUCUCUUUCUGAUGGCAUGAAAAAUUUGGGUAAGGCUACACCUGCAUCCAUUUUGAAGGGUGGAGAUGGAACAAACAGUUCCAAUUCAGUUCUCGUUGCUGCAAGGGAGGCUGCUAGAAGGAGGGUUGAAACUGCUUUGGCUGCAUCAAAACGAGCUGAAAAUAUGGAUGCCAUAGUAAAAGCUGCAGAGUUGGCGGCUGAAGCUGUGUCUCAAGCUGGGAAAAUAGUGGCUAUGGGUGAUCCUUUGCCGUUGAGUGAGCUUGUAGCUGCUGGUCCAGGGGGUUAUUGGAAAGUAGGACAAGUAACUUCUGAGCCGGUUUCAAAAUCAAAUGACAUUGGUAGAGAAAAUGUGAAUGUGGACAGUGGUGGAGGUUCAGAUACUUCUACCGGGCAGUUAAAGGAGAUUGCAUCAGAUGAGAAAGAAAAUCAGAUAACUGACCUUGGGAAGUCACCUGCUUCUAGAGACAUAUCUAGCGAGGAACAUGGGAGAUUUUUAGAUGGUGUCUCUGGCUCUUGUGCGUCCACUGCAAAGGUUGCCAAAGGGCAAAAGGGCCGCAAGGCUUCUGAUUUGGCCAAAACUAUUGGGGUGGUCCCUGAAUCUGAGAAUGGAGCCAGAUGUUCCAUUGUUCAGAACGAGUAUGGAAAGGUGGAAACUCUAAAAGAGAAUAGCAUCAAGGAGAAUUCCAUUGUCGAGGUUUUUAAAGAUGGAAGUGGAUUUAAGGCAGCUUGGUUCCCAGCAAAAGUUUUGAGUUUAAAGGACGGGAAGGCUUAUGUGAGUUACACCGAGCUUACAUCAGGUGAAGGCUCAGAAAAGCUAAAGGAGUGGGUUCCACUUGAAGGUGAAGGAGAUGAGGCACCCAAAAUGCGCGUUGCCCGUCCUCAUACUGCCAUGCCAUUUGAAGGCACAAGGAAGAGAAGGAGAGCUGCAAUGGGGGACUAUGAUUGGUCUAUUGGUGAUAGAGUUGAUGCAUGGAUACAAGAUAGCUGGUGGGAGGGAGUAGUAACCGAAAAGAGCAAGAAAGAUGAGCCUGUGGUAACUGUCAAUUUUCCAGCUCAAGGAGAAACGACAAUACUUAAACCAUGGGAACUUCGGCCCUCUCUCAUAUGGAAAGAUGAGGAAUGGAUUGAAUGGUCCAAUUCAGGAGAGAAUAAGCAAUCUUCUCAAGGGGGUGAUACCCCACAAAUGAAGCGACCAAGGGUGCAUAGCCCUGUUGUGGAGGCCAAGGAGAAGGAUAAGACUUCAAAAAGUAUUGAUGCAGUGGAAUCUGAUAAAUCUGAUGAUCCAAAAUUAUUUGAUUUAUCAGCUGAUGAAAAACUAUUCAAUAUCGGCAAGAGCACGAGAUAUGAGAAUAGGUCUGAUUCACUGAGAAUGACAAGGACUGGGUUGCAGAAGGAAGGAUCUAGAGUAAUAUUUGGUGUACCCAAGCCUGGAAAGAAAAGGAAAUUUAUGGAAGUUAGUAAGCAUUAUGUUGCAGAUCGGAGUAGUCAAAUCAAUGAACCAAAUGAUUCAGUCAAGUUAACAAAAUAUUUGAUGCCUCAAGGAGCAGGAUCCCGGGGAUGGAAAAGUUCUAAGACUGAAUCAAAUGAAAGGCGAGCAGCCAUUCCCAAGCCCAGGGUUCUUAAGUCUGCAAAACCACAGAACGUUUCUGUUAGAACAAUUCCUCAGAAGGACAACCUAUCAAGCACUGCAGUUUCUGCUCCUGAUGAUGGUGCUGUUGCAGAUAAUACUAUGAAGGCCAAGGAUUCGGUAAACCAUGGUGUAAACACUUUGGAAAAGCAGAACCUAAUGGGCUUUCAAUCAUUUUCUAGUUCUGAUGGACCAACAGAGGGCCCAAUCUUAUUUUCUGCACUCGCUCCUACAUCAGAUACUGUUUCUUCUAAGAAAAUGCACACUUCAAAUGCUAAACCUGAACGGGUAAGUAAGGGAAAACUUGCCCCUGCUGGUGGAAAGUUGAGUAAAAUUGAGGAGGACAAGGCUUUGAAUGGUAAUUCUACAAAAUUAACCUCUGAUCCUGUUGAGCCACGUAGAUCUAAUCGCAGAAUUCAGCCAACAUCAAGACUAUUAGAAGGGUUGCAAAGCUCAUUGAUGGUCUCAAAAAUUCCAUCCGUGUCACAUGACAAAAGCCAUAAAAGCAGGAAUGUUUCUAGAGCAGGGAAUAACAAUGGUUGAAACAUCCUGGAAAUGUUGGAUCAUAUUGAAAGAAGUUCGGAGGUCACUGGAACACACUCAAGUAGUUUGUGUAUAUUUUAAUAGAGGAGAUAGCUAGGAAUGGAAAUUCUUGCUUCCUUGGGUUUAAUUAUGAGAUAUAGUUGGUAGAUGUUCAUAUCAAUUUUAGUGUAUUCACAAUUAUGAUUUAAUCUUCUAGGCUUUUGCCUUAAUAGGUUGUAUAUGGAAAUUCUCCUUCUAGUUUGGGUUGAAAUUGCAGGAAGCUUUUGCAGAUCA